AGUUAAAACCACAUGAGCAUCAUUUACAGCUACAAUCCAGCUCUUUUUCAGCUCUUUUUCUAACCAGUAAACACACACAACAUGCUCCUUGUGCUCUCACCAGACACUGUAGACAGUCACUAAUAAUUUCUUUUGCCCUACUUAUCUUUGCACCAGUUAUUUUGCAAUCGGGUUCACGCACAUUCAGAGACUUAAAAAAAAAAAAAAAAAAAGAAAAAAUCCUUGUGAGACAGAACGCUUCCUCAAAAACGACCUCGUUACUCAGUUCACCACAAGGUUUCUGUUUAGAAGACACAAGUGAAUGUAGCUGACAUGGCUGUAUAGCAGCGUGGGUGAGAAGGAGUACAUUUACCAUCCGAGGAUUGGAUCCCGCACUGAUAAAACGCAGUACGCUAGAGAUACAAGGACCACCGUGCACUGGGCUUUACGUAGAGCUGAGGAAGGAUGAACGAGGGCCAGGAGUGGGGUGAGAAUCAAAAAAAUGACAUGUGUCUGAAGCAGCUGGAUCAAAAUGCAAAGCAUUAAGUGUGUGGUGGUUGGAGAUGGAGCUGUAGGAAAGACCUGCCUUUUGAUAUCCUACACCACCAACGCAUUUCCCAAGGAGUACAUCCCCACCGUGUUUGACAACUACAGCUCGGAGAUCACAGUGCAGUCCAACCCCUACUGUCUGAAUCUAUGGGACACGGCGGGUCAGGAAGCGUACGACCGUCUGCGCACCAUAUCGUACCCGCAGACCAACGUCUUCAUCGUCUGCUUCUCUAUCUCCAGCAUGACCUCUUUUGAGAACAUCAAGCUAAAGUGGUAUCCUGAGGUAUCGAAACACUGCCCCAAUGUACCCAUUCUGCUGGUAGGAACCAAAAAAGAUCACAGACAAGAUCCGGAAAUUUUGCAAAAAUUAAAGGAACAGAAACAGAGUCUGGUCACUCAGCAGCAGGGAAAAGCGCUGGCUGAAGAAAUCAGGGCUGUUGAGUACCUCGAGUGCUCAGCUCUCAACCAAGAUGGGGUGAAGGAGGUAUUCAUAAAGGCAGUCGAAGCCUUUCUGAACCCAAAGCCCGUGCGUAGAAAGAUCUGCGUGUUUUUAUAAACAUUUUAUUGGAGUAUUUUUUGGGUUUUUUUUACUGAAGAGGGUUUAAGACUUUCUAAAAACCUGAGCUCCUGUAUUUUAAAGUACUUCCCAUUUAUUAAAAUAGUGUGAAUAAUUAGAUUAGAAGAGGAAGUGUUUAAAAUAGUCUCAAGGUUUAUAUAUAUAUAUUAGGGGUGUAACGAUACACAAAAUUCACAUUUCGGUAAGUACAUCGGUUUUUAAGUCAGGAUUCGGUACAAUUUCGGUAGGGGGGGG